GUGCGGCGCAACGCCUAUCUCAAGCUGCGCCGCGGGCCAGGGCGGUCGGCCCCCCCUCGGAGGUGUUCGAGGGGCGCAAGCGCUUCCCGGGGGCCCAGGAGUCCAAGGCGGUGUUCGAGAAGUGCGAAGUGGAGCUGUCCCAGGUCAUGUCGGAUGUCGCCCGCAACACCAAGCGUUUCCAGCGCGCGCCUCGGGAGGGCAUCCGUUUUGAAAGCCGUCGUGUCGAGAAGGGGAUCAUGGAGAAGUACGCCGACUGGCCCGAGGAGUACAUGAGGCUUGCAACUGCCGCCCUCGCCGUGUACAACCGUCGGUUCGGCGAAUUUGCCACGAACGAGUUCGUCACCUUGAUGUGGCUGGCUCUCGGCCGCGCUCGCGUCAUCAGCGUCGACGGCCGCGCGCGCUUCUUCGACCCGAACAGCGGCGGGUGGAGAGCCUACACCGGCCUGUUUCCCGAGGGUAUGUAUGCCCACUUCCGCCUCUUCAUGAACCGACUGGAGGGCAUGUUUCGCUGCGUCGGCAAGGAUGUGAGGCGAGAUGCCAACAGCAUACUGGAGAAGAUUGGCGCCAUUAUCAAGUCGUCCGACGGCGAUGGCAUCGAGCAGACAGCGAAGAAUGACGAGGGGCCCAAGGCGAAGAAGCUGAAACUGCCAUGGCAUAUCGACGUUGCUGUGUGUAUCCGAUCCUUCGGCAAGAAGCGCGGGUCCGAGCUCAUGCAGGGGGGCUCCGUGGUCAAGAACUUCACGGAGUGGUGUAGCACGUCGGUCACCCCCGCGCGCGGGGUGUGCUACCUCGACCGCGCUGUCAAGUACGAUGUCCCCAUGAUGACGGCCGGCGGCGUGGUCGUGCAGCCGCUGGUCGUGGUAGACGGGAUGCCCACGCCGAAGGACUUCUUCUUCUUCUGCAUGGACUCCUCGCUGGCCCCGGCCACGCACGAGGAUGAGGGCACGGAGGACGAGGGCCCAGAGCGGCCCCUGGACGACCCAGUCUUGAAGGCCGCGACGGACGACGUGAAAAAGUUCCUGUCCAGCACUUUCUGGUGUAAUUUCGAGGCCCUCAACGCUAUCCGCUCUGCGCUGGCCAUAGCGAAGCGCGGCCUGAACGUGCUCCAGUGCUACAUCUUCCUCGGUGCGGGCGGCUGCGGCCUCUCCCUCUUCACCGACCUCAUCGCGACGUCGAUGGGCGACGAGCUUCACAAGUAUUUCGACCCGUUCGUAUUCUACGACGACGAAGAGCUCCGAAAGCGCGUGGAGCUCCUCGCAGGGGGGUUCGUGUUUUCAGGCCAGGAGCGGCCCCAAGGAUCCAAGAAGAAGUUGCUUCUGCACCAGUGGAAGAAGUUCCUCUGCGGCGAGGGUCUGACGGGGCGUCUCCCCUAUGCCGUGCUGACCCGCAUGAUCAGGUUGAUUGGGUGGGUCAAGCUCGAAGUUAACUCCAUGCUCGCUUCCAACGACCUCACCGAGCAGGAGUUCGAAUCCAUCAUGAGGAGGUCCUGCGUGAUAAAAAUCGCUGCCCGCCUGUUCGACGAGCAGUUCCUGGACGCACACUUCCCCGAGCACGAGGAGUGCGGCAUAUUCGCUCGAGAUCCGUCCUUCGCGCGCAUGUUCCAGGCGAGUCAAUGCGCGGCAGCCUGGAAUCGCGCGCAGCACGUCUUCGAGGCGAGCAACGGGGAGCAGCAGUGCCAGGACUUCAUAGUGCAGUACUCGCGCGGCGGCAAGGACCUGGGCGUCACCGAGCGCUACAUGCGUCGCGCGUGCAGCCUCGGAGCCCCCUCCGUGUCGGACAACCAGUCUCUACUGGCAGGCGUGAUGGUGGAGGUCGACGCCGACGAGUUCUUGUUGCAGGCGCCCGCGUCGGCGAGCGUCAAGGAGCGCGAGUUCGCGGUAGCGCUGCUCCGCGAGACUUGCGACAGAGGGCUGGGAGCCAUGACCCUCUCGUACUUCAACCAGCGAUCUCGGCGGAUAGAGGGCUCGAGCAAGAAUCGGCAGCAGCUGAGGGACGACCUCCCUUGCUCAGGAUUAUGGGAACUCCAGGCGACCAAGGCCAUCGACGUCAAGAACGCGAAGAAGAAGCUCGUUGACAACGUGGCCUACGUGCAGAACGCGGAGCUCGCGAUCGAGGCCCUGCAAAGGUUGCUGGCCGCCCCAGCGCCAGGCCACCCCAUGAAGAGGGUGAAGCGCCCUGCCGCUGCGGCGGAGCCGCGGGAGGACGAAGGCGGGGGUGCGGAGGGCAGGGGCCGCCGGUCCAAUGCCCAGAAGGAAGAGGAGUCGGCGAUCAGGAAGCGCAUCGAGAAGUUGGACGCGGUGCGGCGCUUCGCGGCCGCCGUGGCGUCCCUCCCCCCCAGCAGGGCGCUGGGGCGCGUGUCGAGCGACGCUGCUGAACCAGGCGCUGAGAAGCGGCGGCAGCUUGCAGGCAGGGUGGCCCUUUCUCAUGUCCACACGGUGCGGGUGCAGUACACGAUGAGCAGGCCGUGGGUGUCCCGCGAGCACGCGACGGCGGGUGACUUCCCCGCCGCCCAGAACAUGCCGCAGUAUUUGCAGAUGAUAGCCUUCCUCCGGACCGUGGACCUGGACCAGGUCGCGGCGUGCCUGACGUUCAGCGAACAGCUGCUCCAGCACUCGCGGCUCGCGGAGGAUGUGAAGGCGGCCUUCGCCCCAGAGCUCGUCCUGCUGAAGGAAACCCGCGAGGACUUCUUGAAGAAGCUGAAGCGGCUGUCGUGGUUCCUGCGAUGGGCUGCCGCGUCGGCCAUGCCUGAACAGUAUGCCGCGCUGAAGGACGACCCCUCUGUGACGUGGGUUGAGGGCAGUUGCUUCGCCCACUUCUGGCAGAUGGCCGAGUCCUACGUGACGAUGCACACCUGCGACUUCGCGCGCCAGCGGCCCUUCAAGCACCUCGCGAAGGCAUACGACGGCGUGCGCAUAGACACGGGCAGGGUCGCCGCCGAGAAAGCGAGGCUCGUCGUGGAGGAGCAGGGCGCGGAAACGCAGUCGGACGCCGAAGUCUUUGCCCUCGCGGCCAGCCACUAUGUAGCGCAGCAGCCGCUGGCAUUCGUGGUGCGUCUUCGGGAGAAAAAGCACUUGCCCUUCUACAGCUUGAUUCGCAGCUGCGAGUACAGCGACGCCCCCAUCGAACUGAGCCUGGUGCCCGCGCAGGACCUCUCGAGCGUGCUCAUCACGGUGCCGACGGCUCUGGGCGAUUAUGGCACGCCGGCUCUCACGCAGCAGCUCGUGCAACUGGUCCGUGAACACGCCGAGCGCGAUCUUUCUGGAGUCACGUAUCUCGAGGCGAAGUCCAUCCUCACCAUCAAGGAAUUGAUCCCGACAGCCGCCUUGCCCGACGAGGGGGAGGGGACCUGGCUCAUGCACCUGCACGACGAAGGAAACGUUCUCCGUUGCGCUGUGGUCUUCUGUGACGACGAGCUUGCGACCGUCACUGUCUACUUGGCGAUGAAGAAGUUCACCUUCUGA